AGGAACUUCAUCCUGUUCUUGAGUGUGAGAAAAAGGCAAGUCAGCUGGAAUGUGACGUUUUAGUUACACAAAAUAAGUAGAUAAACUGAUUCCUGGGCUGGUUGAUGUUGAUACAGGAUACUUCCCUGGUAGCAGGAGAUAUUCUCUUCAAUGUUUCUAAAACACAAGAUGUAAUCAUGGGGUUGGACAAAAUAAUAUCUUCUUUGGAAAUGAAGCUCGCUGCUGCUAGAGCUGCUAAUGAUGAAAUAGCUGUUGUUGGUAGGAAACCAGUAAUUGAGCCUUUGAAUAACCGCCCUAAGGUUUUCUAUGUAAUGGGAAUCAUUACUGCUUUCAGCAGCAGAAAAUGCAGGGAUUCAAUUAGGGAAACUUGGAUGCCUCAAGGGGAGGAUCUAACAAAGUUGGAAAAGGAGAACAUUAUCAUACUGUUUGUAAUAGGGCACAGCGCAACCCCAGGUGGAGUCUUGGAUUGUGCUAUAGAUGCUGAGGAUACACAAUAGCAUUUUACUACAUGAUAAAGACAUGUUGCCUUGCAGAAUCAUGUGGAGGGAUAUCAUGAGCUGUCCUCUAAGACUCAAAUAUACUUUUCAACUGCAGCAGCAAAAUGGGAUGCUGACUUCUUUAUUAAAGUUGACGACAAUGUGCAUGUCAAUCUGGGUGUUGUAGGUUCAUUGUUAGACCGUCAUCGAUCUAAACCUUGUGUGUACGUGGGUUGCAUGAAAUCUGGACCCGUUCUUUCACAGAAAGGAGUGAAUUACCAUGAACCCGAAUACUGGAAAUUUGGUGAGGAGGGAAAUAAGUAUUUUAGGCAUGCAACUGGACAAAUAUAUGCGAUCUCCAAGGAUUUGGCUACCUACAUAUUGAUCACUGGGGACAUUCUACAUAGGUAUGCAAAUGAAGAUGUUUCUCUUGGUUCUUGGUUGAUUGGGCUUGAUGUUGAACAUAUUGAUGAACGAAAUUUGUACUGCAGAACACCCCCAGAUUGCGAGUGGAAGGCCCUAGCUGGGAACAUUUGUGCUGCAUCGUUUGAUUGGAAUUGUAGUGGAAUAUGUAAAUCAGUGGAAAGGAUGGAAGAGGGAAAUGGAGCAAUAUGGCAUACUAGUUUCUGGAAUUUUAUGAUCAUAUGCAGUUUAAUUUUUUUGGCUGUCAGUCUAAUCGUAGCCCCAAUUUUUGACUUGAAAUCUGCAAUGAAUAUUAACUUAAUUGGAAUUGGGCAGAAAAUUGAUGUUCCAAAGCUGGUUAAGGGCGAAGAGAUAUGUUACUACCAUUGAUUGAUCGUUGAAAAAAAUUGAGUGGACGGAAUAUGCAUGUUCAAUGUGUUAGUGAAAGGGAACUGCAAUAAUUAUUAUAAGGUAGCAAAAUUUGCUAUGAUGAAUGACAUGUUUAUGGAUCCACACUGGGGUCCAUGUAAAUUACUCCAAUUAACAAACAAGACUAUUUACCACAUGCACCGACCACUGUUUCCAUGUUGUCAAGAGUUAGGUUUGGUCGGAGAUAAAUCAUUGCACCAUCUUUGGUUUCCUUUUGAAUUUGACCUUAAACCCUAUCUAUGUUACAAGUUUCAUCUAAACUCUUUAAUCUUCUAUUCACAUCCCUUUAAUACAAUACUAGUUGUAUCUUUUUUUAAUCUCUAAACUCUAUCACUUAGCUUGCAAAAUAUAUAUGUAUAUAUUUCCACUAUUUUAUCACUCACACAUCUUCCUCAUGUAUAAAAUCCAAUAAAACUUUUUUUGAUUGUGUUGGUGCACAC